UGAACUUUUUCCGAACUAUUCAUUCAAUUUUAUUCACCAGAUUUUAAGUUAGUUAGAACUGUCUGGUAUGUAGCUGGCACUUAGAUUUUGUUGUAAGAUUUGAUAAUAGUUAAAUUUUGGAUAUUAUGUCGCAAAGAAGUCGUGUAAUAGAUUUAUAUAAAAAUCUUCUUCAUUUGGGUAAAGAUUGGCCCAAAGGAUAUAAUUUCUUUCGAGAAAGACUACACGCUGCUUUUUUAAAAAAUAAGGAUGAAAAGGACGCCGAGAAAAUUGAAAAAUUGAUUUCACAUGGAAAUUUCGUCAAGAAAGAAAUUGAAACAUUAUAUGUGUUGAAAAAAUACAGGACGCUUAAAAGACGAUAUUACGAUAAUAAUUAGAGUAUGGUAAAAGCUAACCUAGACUUGUUCAUAAAUAUAAAUAUAUAGAGUGUUCCAUUUUGACGUCACUUUGGUGGUUCUAUAAAACUUAUGUUUAAUUUGUGUCAUACACUUUAUAAUGAUAAUUUAAGGAGUUUCUUCAUGUUAGCCAGAACUUUUUGGGAUUCAAAAGGUUCGAAUUAUCCUUACGUCGGUUUGGAAUACACACAAUUAUCAUUACAUAGAAGUACUCAAAUAUCACCAUAAAGUUAAUCCGUGUACAAAUUAUAGCUUUUUCCAAAAUUCCUGUUGUUCAGGAAUCCAUACUAAUUCAAUAUACUUUUAAGGUUAGAAACAAUAUGGUCAUGGCUCAUUUUCUAUAUUUCAUAAAAGCUCUUUUCUUCUAUUGAUGUUAAUAGCAUAUAAUUUAGAUUUUAGACAUUUCCCAAUCUAACUUGGUGGUACUGCGGCAUUAUAACUACCUAUCAGACCAACGAUUAUACCAGAUUGCAUGUAUGGAAGUUUAUAUGAUUUGACCAGCUUUAUAUUGCUUGAAAUUGUUUUAUUUCAUCUUAUCGAUAGCGUGUUGGAUCACUUUAGACUUAAUUGAUUGUACAGAGUAUACGACUGCGUAUGGAAGGUCGAAAGUUAAGAAUAUCAUAAUAAUGAAAACGGCAGAUGCAUAUGUAGGCAAUCAAAAAACCAUGUUAAUGAAAAUCAACAAUCUCAGUGCUGUGUUUAGGAAAGCCUUACAAUAUGACAGCCGAAACUACAACGGUACUACUAUAAACGAAGAUUCCUCGGUGACUGAGAAGAAGUUUUGGACGGCGAUUAAAUCUAAAACUGUAGGAGAAUGACGAAGUGAGCAUAUUGAAAACCAAAUAUUAUUCUUACUAGUCAAAGUCAAAAUAUAUAGUCUCGUCCAAUUAGAAGAAAAUGAUUAUAGUUAUUUUUUUUAAACCAGAACUUACACUUUCCUAUACAUUUUACUUUCAAGCUUACAAAAUAUCACUGAUAUUACUUGCAGUUUAAAGACAAUUUUGGUACACAAUAUAAUACAAAUUUUUUUCGAUUGUUCUGAAGAGAAAUCGUAGUUGUUUUGAGAACAACGUGCUACAUUCACACGUCUUAUUUGCCACUCAGAAAGAAACACUGCUACUACCGAUAGAACUGUUAACAGAUGCUAUUGACACAGGAUUCAGAGUCAAACAUCAGGAUAUAUGAUCAAACAGAAGUAAUUGAACGAUAUUCAGAGCGAUUUAGACAUGUAUCAAUGAAGAUAACAUAAAAAAUAAGCGUCACGAAACACUCAAAAUAGAAGACCAUUAGAGUGAUCAUUGGACUUUGUUCUGUUGGCACGAAACUCCAAAUAUGGGGGGUGACAACGGACAACUAUUGCAAAGUAUACUGGAGAAGAGACGACCGAGCAUUUGUUCUGUCGGUGCCCUACCUUGAUGAAAAAAAGACGUCAAAUGCUGAGGGACGACACAAUAGGUUUUCUUCAAAACAUAGCAAAGUUAGAAAUACAAAAAGUAAAACACUUUAUUAUGGGUCGAAAAUGCUUAAAAAUAAACUAUAAAAGCUGAAAAAAUAGUAGGUGGUUAGCUAGUUAACGAAGUUUCCAAAUCGUCGAAAUUAAAGACAUAGAGAUUUGUUGAAACCACCAAAGUGAUGAUGAUAUAAGUCUAAGCCUUAAAAAAUAAAAUUUAAUUUAAUUAUGUAGCAAAAAAUAAAAUUUAUAUUCUCAACACUGUAUAUUUUCUUUGUUUCAUGGAUAUUUCUAGAUAUAAACCUCAGGUAGGUUCAAAAUAUUUUAUUAGUUAAAUUGUUAACCAUUAUGUUCUUAAAAAAUAUAAAUAAAUAUACGCGCAAAGAAUC